AUGGAUGGCCGACUGUUGCUGGAGGGUCUGCCAAGAUUUGGCGCCGUGCCUACAUACCUGCCGGUGCAGUACCAGGUGCUGAACGCGGAGCUUGCCUUCUUCCUCAAGGAGGCCAACCAAGACAUCAUGAGGAACUCCAGUCUACAGGGACGCACAGAGCUCUUCUUCAUCCAGCAGGCCAGGAGGAACCCUGUGGUCAAUGCUAGUUAUGGACCCUUCUCUGUGCAGCAGCCCGUACCCAUGGAACUCCUUGAUCCUGGGAUCUUCAACAACCCAACAACAUCUUCUUUGUCUUCAUCUUCUUCAUCUUCCUCUCCACUUUUCACUUUUAACUGGAAGAUUCAGACCUUCAUCAUAAGCGAGCGCAUCCACCUCAGCUGGCCCAAGGUUCAGGUCUUGUUCUACAUCGUAGGCCGAGACUGGGACGACUACAGCACCAUGGACCGUCUCCCUUGCAUCCGGAUGUUUGCUUUUCAUGAGACGCAGGAGGUUCGAGGCAUGUGUCAUUUGAAAGGGGAACUGGGGCUUUGCGUGGCCGAACUGGAGCCGCUGCCCAGCUGGUUCAGCCCACCUAGCGUGGUGCCUGGGAGACAAAGAGCACCUCAAACUGAAGGCACCCCUGUGGAGCUCUACUACAAGGUACAGUCCACUGAAACUGGUGAAUGCGACCCGGAAAGUUCCCGUAAGGCACGUGCCAUCCACUCUGAGUCACAGGGGCCGGCUGGGUACUUUUCAGGGCCUACGCCCAUGCGGAGGAUUGGCAGUGUACGUCUGUUUCAGCCACUCUCCGAGCUUCGCCUGGACAGGAACUUUGUGUUGAUGGUGCCUUCCAGGCCUAUCAGCCAAAGGGAGACAGUGUCGGUCUUCCUGGCUACUUCUGCUCUUUCAUCGGUGGAGAUCUUCACCCUCAGGGUGAAGCUGAAAGAUGAUGUGGCGUUUUUAGGAGCGAAGGCCACUAAUCCAGUGCAGUGGACCGUCAGUCAGGACGUGAGGAGUGAAGGACACCGAGUCGUUACUCUGCACUGUCGGAGAAAAGACAUCGGCUAUGGCCAGAGGAUGGAGGCGGGGCUUCAGAAGGUUCUGCAGGUGGAUUUGGAGGUGAACGGCUUGGUGGAUCCUCUGGGCACUCGUUCAGUCACAUGGCAGGUGGAAUACCCCAUGAGUCGUACCUUCUCCGAGGAGAUCCCGACCCUCAUCCGACUCGCACCUCACGACCUGGGGGGCAUCGUCCCGCUUGCCAUGGAGACGGAGAUCCUGAACACGGCCGUGCUCACCGGCAGGACUGUCGCCAUGCCUAUCAAAGUGGUCACCGUGGCAACGGAUGGGGCUGUAACUGAUGUGACCGAGUCCGUGGAGUGUCAAUCGAUGGAUGAUGACGUUGUUAAGGUGUCUGAGAGGUGCGACUAUGUGUAUGUGAACGGGAAAGAGACAAGAGGGAGGGUGAGGAUGAUGUUGAACUUCACUUACAAUUACCUGAGCGCCCAGCUGGAGGUGAGUGUAUGGAUGCCCCGCCUCCCACUGCAGAUUGACAUGGCCGACCCCGAGCUCAACCAAAUCAAGGGAUGGAGGGUCCCCGUCUCUGGGAGCAACCAGAGGUCUACAGAUGAUGAUGAAGAUGAAUUGAGCAGGCGGGACCGAGGUUGUGGUCCACAGUACCAGAGCACCACUGUGCGCGUCCUCACACACUUUGAGGCAGAGCCAGGGGAGGGGCGGGGCCAGCCGGACUUCCUGCUAGGCAGUGAUUGGCAGGUGGAUGUGACAGAGUUGGUGAAGGAUUUAUUGAAUGUGGAGGACUCACGAGUGGCCAAAAUCACAGACGGAGCAACGCUGACAGGGCUGAACAUUGGAACCACCAAAGUCCAGGUGAUGUCCCCCUUAUCGGAUUCAGUCCUGGCAGAGAGGACGGUGAGAAUUCUGGAUGAUAAAGUGAGCAUUACGGACCUCGGUGUGCAGCUGGUGUCAGGCCUCUCGCUGUCCCUGCAGCUCAGUCCAGGCAGCAACAGGGCCAUUGCAGCCACAGCCACCACCCAGGACACCAUGCAUAACCCCAAACAGGAGUCCCUUGUCAGCGCUUGGCUGCACUUCAGUGAUGGCUCUGUGACGCCUCUUGAACUUUAUGACCCUGCACAUUACAUGCUGACAGCCAUGUCCUUGGAUGAGCGGGUGGUCUCUGUUCAGAGGGCCAUGUGGUGGAGGUCGCCAGUGGUGGUGGUGAAAGGUGAAGGUCAGGGCACACUGCUGCGCGUUGAGAUGUCUGGAGCCGAUUCGUGCCAGAAAAGCAAGCGCCGUAACGUUCUGGCUUCAGUUAGCGCCAAUGUUCGCGUCAAAUUUAGCCGUAAUGAUGAUGGUGACAGCAGGAGGCACAGACCCAAUUCCCCGAACAAUGGUGACUCCAUUUCAGAGGCAGGGAUGGUCAACAGAGGAGCCACGACAAUUAAAACAGGUGCUCCUUUUGGAGAUAAGCGCCCAAUCGAAGACAUUCCUGCAGAUUUCUCAAACUUUCCAGCACAGGCAGAACUUCCGCAUGGACGCACCACAGAGGAGGAGUUGUUACAAGCCCGGCGUGGCCUGACAGACCUUGAGAUUGGCAUGUAUGCCCUACUGGGAGUCUUCUGCCUGGCCAUCUUGGUGUUUCUCAUCAAUUGUGUCUCCUAUGCCCUUCAGUAUCAAAACAAACAGCUCCCCCUGGAGGGCCAGGAGAGCAUGGCGCAUGCUCAUGACUGGGUGUGGUUAGGGCAUGAAGGUGAGCUAAUGGAGAACCAUGCCGGCUUGUGCCUACAGCAGGAUGAGCUCAGUGCCACCAUGGACUCCAGCCUGGGUUUAGAGGAGGCCAGCCAGCUCCUCAACGGUCUCCUGGGUCAGAAAAGUACUCAAGGUCAGGGAGGACGGGAUCACAAGAGCGAGACGGGAAACUCGCCCACCACCAAGAGGAAACGGGUCAAAUUCACCACUUUCAGCCACUCCAAGCCGAGCAAUGACUGCCUGGGUAACAGCCCACUAGGUCUUGGGAAAAACGAUAUUCAGUGGGUUUGCCCAGACAUCGAGCUUGGGGACUCCAUAGAGCUCCGGAACUACAUGGAAAGGCUGAACGAGAAUGCCACGAAGAAUGUCGCAUAGCACUUCAUGAUUCUGGCACUCAAUUAUGUGUUUUGGAGCAGAGUGUAGCUUCACCCAUAUGCCUUCAGGGUAAAGGAGUGGGGCGCCGACCGGCUCACAUCUCACCAUAAAAAGACAGGUCAUUCAUCAGGUCUUGUUUCCAUGGCAACUGUCACAAGGUGUUCAUCAUUAGGAUUGAAGGCCAACAGGGAUGGUUGUGAAACUGCAGAGAACUAUAUAUGUAUACAUACAUACACACAUACAUGCAUUCAUUUGUACAAACUCGCUAUAAGAAAUGCAUUUUUUCCUGUAUUAAAGAUACAUUUUUUGUCAUUCUAUAUUUCUUUGACAUAUUGUUUUUUCAUAUUCUGUGAAUAUUGGAAAGAAUUAAUGUGCACACAUUUCAAGGACUGACUCUGAGACGAAUCCAUAAAUCAACAGACUUGUAUAUAAAGUGAACAUUUGCCGGUUGGAUGAGGUAAGAACUUUUUUAAGUAAGGUUUUACAUAUUUUUAUACAUCCCUGUUCCUGUACAUGUUGUAGCCUGUCAAUGUUUUGUCCAAAGACUCUCAUACAUUGGUUUAAAGCUGCUCUAAGCAACUUUUUUCUUUUAAAGAUAGCUGUCAAUAAUAGAUGCUCUAAGAAAAAAAAAAAAGUUCUAAAAAUGAGACAACCCAGUGCAGUCAUUCUGAAAGCUUCCCUGAGGAGGCAGUCUUCACUGCUUUUUUUUUCUUCUUUCUUUUCUCUUUUGCACAUGGCACAUGGUCUGAGUGGCCCAUAUGAAGGUUGGUGAUUAAGAAGGAAACUCUAUGAAGUGCUAGCUUGAUGAGGUAAGAGAACAGAAAGGGAAAUACGAUUGCAGUGAAGUUGAUGUAAUCCAUGGAAACGAUGGUACAAUCAGUUUCGACGUUCCACUCUCACUAUUGUUUUACACUUCAAAAAGAAAAAGGAAACAACACAGGCACUUAGUUUUGUGCUGAUAUGGUGGGUGUGGCAAAUGUUCUGACAUCAUCUAUACAAAAUAACAUUUAUGGAACAAUGUCUAAGCUAUGGCAUGGAGCUAACUAGCUAGGUAUCCAUGCCUCUUGGUGUAACUAUGAUUUAAUUAAAACUUUAUUUUUAUUUAGCACUUUAUUCUAAUACACAGCUAGCUGGCCUGUUUAUGUUUAGACAAUCCAAUUUAAUGCUAGGUAUAUUUAACACCUUAUCUUAUUGACCUGGUAGACCACCACCCAUACAGUAUCACACUGGUGUUUACCUUGAAUUUUUGUUCCAACCAGAAAGUAUAGCUGUUGCGAAAACUUUCAAACUUCUGGCAUGGAUUAAAUGCGUUGCUGCUCUUCUUAUUCAUAUUUUCUUACCGUCACACAGUCCAUAUAUACUAUAGAGGGUAGGAUUUCGGAAAAAGGACAUGUAAGUGGACUCAGUGGCUGAAUUUGAUUAGCACGAUUUGGAAGCAUCUCUUACCAUGGCUUUAAUGUCUUUAAUUUGGGUCCUUUGUUACCAACAAGAAGAAUAUGUACAUAAACCAGGGGACUGCUGAGAGAUUGGGACUGUUGGCAAUCUGUAACAACAGCAAUGACGAUACAGGUUGACCAGGAGGCAAAUGCUCAAAUAGUAACUGUCGUUGAUUGUGUUCUCUUUAUUUUAAUCUUUUUUUUUCCAUGCUGAAAAAAGCAAAAAGUGCAUAAUGAGGAUGAUUACAGGUCUCUAAACACACAAGAAAUCUCAAACAAAUCCAUUAUUAUUGUAGUUCUAAUUAUCUGCAGGUAACUGGGUCUUAAAGAGUGUUUUGGAAUGUAAUCCUCAGGUAACGCUGGCCCCGAGAGGUGCAAACACAGACGCAAAAAUGAUCAAAAUGCUUAUAAAUAAUUGAACAUUCGAAUAGUUUUGAAUCAGAGUAGAAUCAGAAUUGAUUCUGAAUGACACUAUGUUUGGCCUGGUUUUAUUUUUGGCUCUUGUCUCUCUAAUGAAUGUGCAGAUUAAACAUCGUUCUGUCACAUAAACUCCUGUUUGAUUUCAUUCUUGUUUCUCUUCUAUUCUUAGAGCAUUUUCACAUGUGAAAAUAUCUGAUAUCUGAUAUAUCGUCCCGUCAGUGUGAUUCGAAUCAACCUGAGUGCAGGAAGUGAACCUAACGUGCCAUGUGUUUUGG